AAUGCCCGAAGCGAGCUGUCAGCGAUGCCGAUGGCCUCGACGAUCCCGAAUUCGUCACAGGCGUGUCCCGGCAAUGAUGUAGCGGGAGUCAGGAUCGGGUAGUAACCAGCCGCGCAUCAUAGCUGCGCACCCUCGUUUCGGUCGUUCGACGUCUAUGUAAGCCCGUGACGGGACGCCACAUAACCACUCCAUUGAUGAGCUCACGGCCAUCGCACGAUCCGGUAUGACUUCGAACCCAGCGUGGGGCGAGAGCACUUCCGCGCUCGAGGUCGCCAAGGCCUACGCACAAGGAAUUGAGGGCAAAAACGUCUUAGUUACAGGUGUCGCGCCCGAGGGUGUGGGCUCAGGCACGGCUCUCGCCUUCGCAUCCCAGAAGCCGGCCAUCCUAAUCUUGGCGUCGAGGACAAAGGAAAAGCUCGAGGCUGUGGCGUCGUCGAUUCGCGCAUCCUACCCGGGAGUUGAUGUGCGGACGGUCACGGUAGACUUAGCCUCUCAGGCGACAAUCCGCAAGGCGGCCGUCGAGGUUGCCGGCCUGAUCUCGAAGCUGGACAUUCUGGUAAACAAUGCUGGAGUGACUUAUGAUACGCGCCGCUGGACCGUAGAGGGCAUCGAGAUGCAAUUCGGCGCCAAUCAUAUCGGCCCAUUCCUCUUCACGAAGCUGCUGUUACCGCUGCUAGAGAAAGCAGCCAAAGACCAGCCCGCUGGGGCAACUCGCAUAGUCAAUCUCGCCAGCCACGGCCAUCGCCUGUCUACGAUUCGUUUCCACGACUAUAAUAUCGAGAACAAGGAGGUACCCCCCGAGGAGAAGCCAUUCUCCCCCAUGCCGCCUGCGUUUUCGCGGGUCUGCGAGGACGGUUAUAUGCCUACCGUUGCCUAUGCGCAGAGCAAGACGGCCAAUAUCCUUUUCACUCUCUAUCUUCAGGAGCACUUGAAGAGCAAAGGGAUCAUGUCCUAUGCUGUCCAUCCGGGAAGUGUUAGUACCAAUCUCGGUCGAGACCACGAUCCAGAGAUGGCCGAAGCUAUUGCGAAAACAGCCAAAUACUGGAAAACCCCUGACGAGGGCGCUUCGACAAGUCUUGUCGCCGCACUAGACCCAGCGCUCAACGAACGCGCUGGUCUUUACUUAGCCGAUUGUCAAUUUUUCCCUGCCGCGGAGCACGCCCGUGACCCGAAGAUAGCUGAGCGGCUCUGGAAGCUCAGCGAGGAAUUGAUCAGAGAGAAGUUCGAUCUGGGAUGAGAGCGUCCGUAGCAUUUUAGCGAACAGGGUAGGCUGCGAAAACGGAUUCCGUUCGAGAUCAGACGAACACUCAUCGCGACCCAACGCGAUAGGGCCGAAUUGAUUUUUUUUUUUGUUUGCGCAAAGCAACCCACAGCGAGACGGUGGCACAUCUCUUGGCUUGUACACGAUGGCACAGUUCUGGCCUUCUGGGCAGCCGUAUUUAUAGAUCGGAUCUCCCGAAGCGGUCGAUAUCUCGUGGUAGCUCCGUCGCCACCUUUCUAAUUUCAAGGCCAGAUACCACGCCGCGCUGUUUGUAAGUUCCGGAUACUACACAGGAACGUGUAUAUCCCA